CAAUAAAAAUAAAAUUUCGGAUAAAUAUCAAGCUAAAUUGAAAGAUGCUGAAUUAAAAUUUGUCGUUGCUGGCUCACAUAGUUUCAAUUCAUUAGAAAAUAAUGGAAUAUUGGAAUUAUUACAAGUAAGAAUUGAAAUUGGCGGUCAUUAUGGACUAAUGGAUGUGCAUGAUGUAUUUUAUGGACGUAAAACAAUUCGUGAACAGUUGUUAUUAAAAUUUGAUACAUAUAUUAAAUCGAUUAGAUCGGUGCUUAAUGAACCAAUAAAAGAGCAUUGUUUGGCAGCAACGUGUGAUUUAUGGACCGAUGAUAUGGUAAAAAGAAUUUUCGAAUCAUCCACGCUACAAAAUAUGGUUCCUAGUUAUUAUAAAAUGGCUCAUUCUUGUCGGAUUGAAAAAAAUGCACCACAACAGAAAUUAAUCAUUAACGCAUUGAAAUCAGAAAUUAUAAAGGCUUUAGGCGAUAAAUAUUGGCCUUCAAUAACAACAUUGCAUUGGAUCGCAAUAUACCUUGAACCCACAUUCAAACAUCUGGCAUUUGUUAAUGACAAAAAAGAUUCUGAAAUGCGUAUAAAUGAGAUACGAAAAGGAUUACAUGUCUUGGUCAAUGAUACAUUAAAAAUGAAUGAUGAUGAUCCAGAAGUACUAACAUCAUCAUCUUCAUUUGUCGUUAAUUCACCACCAUGCAAAAGACGUAAAGAUUAUCCUUUUGCCGAUAUUCGUCAACAACAAAUGAUAACAAGUCCGAUUUUAUCUUCGUCGAAUGGGAUAACCCGAGCAAUGAAAACAGAAUUAGAUCGACAAAUACAGUUCUAUGAAAGUAUGACGAUGAUUCCGGCUUCAGAAUAUGAUCACAAUCCUUUAUCGUUUUGGAAAGAACAACAAGAUAAUUUAACAAUGUUAGCUAGAAUAGCCAAAUCAGUUCUUGUUAUACAAGGUGAGUUUAUUU